AAUGUGUUUGACGGAGUAUUCGAAACAUGCAAAUACCGACGAGAUUGAAUGUCCGUCAUGCAGAAGUUUUACUGUCCUGCCAUGCGCAGGAAUUACAGCUCUACAGCCAAAUUUCUACAUUAAAUAUAUACAGCAACUAGUCUACGGUUCUAGUUUUGUAGAAUCGCCCCAGAGUUUUCUUUGCAAAGAACAUAAGAAAGAAUUGCUACAGUAUUGUUCAUCUUGCGCCCAGGCUGUAUGCGACGAGUGCCUAGAGGAUAUGCUAUACUGCAAAGAAAGACAUGAAAAGAAGAGGGCUCCUAUAGCAGGGGCUGUAGCUGAAUUAAAAACAACGUUAGAUACGACAACUGACCGGGCAACGAAUUCUAUUUUAUCAAAGCAAAGAGAUCUUGAAGCCGAGAGACAAAAAUUUUCUGAUGAAAAAGAUGAGGCUCUAAUAAAAAUUGAUUCCGUAUUUGAGCAACAUGUCCAUUUUCUAACAAAAAGAGCGACCAUUUUAAAACAGAUGGUUGUCAGUUUAUACACCGAAAAAUCGAACAAGAUCAAUUCGGAAUUGGAAGAAAUUAAUUUGGCCAAGACAUGUCUUAUUUCGUUGAAGGAGUAUCAUGAAAAUUUAAUAAAAAAUGCGGAUUUUUCUCGUGCCAAAGAUGCAAUAGUUGAAGUUAAAAGCGUUCAAGCGAAUAUUGCUAACAAGAUGAAAACUAGACAAACAAGCAUUGUUUUUGAUGAGAAACGAGAACUAGAUAAAUUUCGAAGCAGUGUGAAAGAGCUGGGUAAAGUUUAUUCCACGGGGGAUCGGAGAUACUCUCAAAUUGUGGAAAAAGAGAAGGAAAUUUCGGAAGAAAAACCCAAGUUGACAUUAAUGUCUCAGAGUUUUCAUUUUGAUGAUGAUUUGAAUCCGUUAUUUGAGGAAGAUAGCUCUAGGAAAGAAGAUAGUAAAGCCCUUUGUUCGGAAAAUAGUUCUUCUAGACAGAAAAUUCCUGUGCCUCCUAGUACUCUGCCCAUAUUGGCAAAAUACAAACUAUCUAAUAUGAUUGAACUUUCGAAUGAACCUGAAGAGAAAGUAGUGAAAAGUAAAACUCCUUCUUUACACAGUUCGUCUGAUAGUUUGGCUGGCAUAACGACUAUCAACGGUGAUGAAGUAGCUUGA